AGCUUGUGAUGAUGAACAUCCCGCGACCUUUUUCUGCUUAGACUGUAAGGAGGACAUGUGUAAGGAUGCAGCUCACUUUCACACUCGCAACAAAGCAAGUUGUGAUCACAAAGUUGUCUCCCUGGAGACGUCACUUGUGAAUGUUUUCUGCCAGGAACAUAAAGAGCGAUUCCGUUUAUUCGACGAGGUCUGCGGUCACGUGGUUUGUAGGGGAUGCAUCAAGCUUGAUCACCAAGGUCAUGAUUGUUCAUCCUUAGCUGAGGCUGCUUCAAAGUGCCGUAAGGAAAUGCAGGAACUUGCCACCAAAGUUAACGCUCGCACCGAGGUUAUUAAAGAUGGAGAAACUCGAGUGGUGAAAGCGCGUCUUUACAUGGAAAAGGCGCGUGGAGAGCAAGCUGCCGAAAUUCAUAAGUUAUUCAAGGAGGUGGGCUCCCCCUUAUUUUACAGACCCUUCCACCCAAACAUAGCAAAAAAGAUUCAAACAUUCCUCGCGUACUUUAGUAUUCUCAUAGAAGACUCUAUAGAGCUGUAAAGUGGCGUUACUCUAUAUAAUGACCUCGGUUUUUUAAAAAAGUAAGUAAUCAUUUGAGUGUAAUGACUAAAUUUGCCACGCUUCUUUCUACUAAUAGCAUGUUACGUCUGUGCCAGGCGUUUUUACUACCCCAUUUAUUCACUGGUCUAUCAACACACUGAUAGACAUAAAUGAGGGCGUUUUUGAAAACGCGUUUUAAUAUUUUUUGGUUUUUACCUAAGGGAAAAACGAGUCAAAAUGUAUGCGUUUUCAAACCGGAGGACGCAUUUCUUUUCACCCUUUUCAACCGGGGGAGAGGGGGGUACUCAAUAUAAAAGUUCAUACGGGGAGGCUCCGCCCAGUAGUAAAAAAAGGUAUCUGUUUUGUAUACCUUUCAUUGUCAAAUGGUACCCCUUUCACAUACCUAGUCUGUAAAUGCAGCGUAUUUUGAAAAUGAAUAAAUCACUACACAAUGAUGUUUUCUUGUCUUUGUUACAGCAUAAAAUGCAUCUGUUAGCCCUUCUAGGUCCUUUCACAGACUGCAAUGAGAGAUUUUCCUACCCUUUUUAUAUACUUCAACAAGGGAUCAUAGUAGGACUAUUAUGGCUCUUGACUUCAACUAGUGAAACCGCUAUCCUUUCAUAUACCUGAAGCCUGAAAAAGGUACCCCUUUCGGGCGGAGCCUCAACGUAUAGGCCACUAUAGGGUGUAUCCCAGGCGUUUUUACAAGAUUAAAGCAACAACUUAACUUACCCAGAGUCUGUACGCGGACAAAUUCUGUCGUUUUUCUCGCUCCUUGAAUUAAUGGUUUUCUCUAUGCCGCCCACAAAAUAUUGCAAAUUAUGCAAAUCAAUAUACCACCAAUAAAACAGUAUUCAAAACGUAAGACUCCCUCAUAUUAGCUUUUUUGAUCCACGGUUUAGGUAAUUUUCAAGACACUUUGUAUGUUAUGCUUUAUAGAUUUAUGCUGAAAUCACUACCAAAGAGCAAACUCUGACGAAAGAGCUGGAACAGUUAUACAAUAACAAGGUAGCCAUCCUCGCAGAGCAGCAAGACCGCUUGUGCAAAUUUCAAGAAAGCAUAGCGAGUACUGUUCAGAGUGUUUUAUCCCGCAUCCGAUCCUUUGAUGAUGCUGAGCUUCUGGCUGCCAGGUCCGCUUUAGAGUCGACGCUCAGGGACAGAGAAAGCCAGCCAAUGCAGCUUGAGCCACAGGUCCAGUUUGUCCCGAAGCUUAUCUUUAAUCGUAGGAGAUUGCAGGACCUAGUGGACGCGCUUAAUAACAAGGUUAGCGUCACUGACGAUUCAACCUGCGCGGAAAAUACAAUUGCAGAUCUAGAGGGCAUGGAAUAUCGUUGGGUAAGCUGUGGAGCUGGGUGCUUCUUUGAUAUUAUUGCUCAUGAUCCCCAAAACCGUCGGCGGCCUGUGGGUGGCGACUUGUUUACGGUGAAGCUUAAAGACGAGUUUGGUAACGGGAAGAGUACAGGAAAUGUAACGGACUGUGGUGAUGGUAGUUAUUGGGCUUUUUGCGGGGUCCCUGAAGAUGCGGAGUCAGGAGAUUACAUGUUGAACGUGUGCUUACGUGGUGUUCACAUUCAUGGCAGUCCUUUUGUGAUACAUGUUCGGCGUCGUACAUCACUUGCACAUCGAGUCGGCAAUUUGUUAUAUCGCAAAAUUUAUGGAGCUGGACAGCUGGAACAUAGUUAG